UUUUUAUUCACGUCUUCUUCUGACCGACGUCUAGCGCAACUACGAUGCUUUCCCAAUUUGGACAGGAGUCAUUAGGGCGAACGUUUCAUAUUUUCGGCUAUCACCAUUUCGCUCAAAAAUGGUUAAAUCUGAGCUUCUGGCGCCGCAUGUGGUGUCCACAAAACAAACAGCUUACGGGCUCUGAUGAGUUUCUGGAGUCACAAGAGCCCGCGUUCAAGCCUUACGCUGCGGGUGGAAUGCAGGUCAACCAUAUUCACCGUGACGUAAACUGUGGAGGGCAAGGAUGUGCAAAGGCUGAACGGAAACAUGUUUUACCCUCUUGGUAGUCUGCAGCGUGCACAGGGGUGGCUGAUCGGUGGCUAAAUCUUGAACACGCUGCAGCCAGCGGAAGCAAGUCGCCGUUCAGUCGGGUGUCUGCCGAUCUCGACGCCGCCAGCUGGGCCGAUAUGCAGAACUCGGAGGCAAACAGUGUCGACGUUAACAAGGGGCCAAGCCGGAGCGUCGUUGAACUAUUCUUUUAUAGGACGGGAAUCCCAGAACAGGGUGGACCUUUAGCCAGGAUCGAUGUCGGAGACCAAUAAUCGUGGCGUUGGUUGUCUCGGAGUGGCUCACUCUAAGGUUUUAUGUCCCAGUAAUCUUGAUGCGACGCUAGGAUCAUCUUGAACACGCUCCGACGCCUCCUUUCAACCGACCGUGCAAUACUGCGGGAAGGAUUUCCACAUUUUUGCACCUUAUCACUCCUUCAUCUCACGAGUCACGAAACAUACGGUACCAGUGGGACGAAUGGUCAACGAUGUCAGCGAUUGGCCAAAUGUAUCGAUAGAAGACACGGAAGAACAAAGAGCACAGGCGAAGAAAAUCAGUGACGAAAUAGACGAUGCUAUUCAACGCGAACGGCGGGCCAAAGAGGAGAAACGCCCACCAAGGAAGGUCCUACUUCUAGGUACGUGGGAGGGAACCACACGGAACGCAUCUGAGGUCAACGAACCCCCCUUUGCAGGUCCUUCGCAAUCGGGGAAGUCGACUUUGUUGAAGAAUUUCCAUUUACUAUUUGCCCCAAAGUCAUUUCACGCAGAGGCCGAGGCAUGGAGAGCCGUGAUUCACCUGAACUUGGCUCAAUCGGUAAACUUCAUCCUGGACAAUCUAUCAACACCUAACACAAUCUCUCCCGGAAACAAACUAUUCUUGCGACAAGAUGCUGGUCCCGACGUAGGACAACUACGUAUAAGGCUGUCCCCCUUGCGACAAGUAGAGAUUAGCUUGAACCAAUGUCUUACCGUUGAGCACGAGGCGACACCUCGAAGACCAAUAUCCCUUUAUAAUAAUAUCUUGCGGACCGAAGGCACAUCCAAGUCCUCCAUUCGCGGCGGGUCCGCUUGGAAAGCAUUGGCGAAAAGUCAGACGCUCCAUAGCUCGAUCAAAAGUGAACUGCAAAAGACGCGGUCCAUUCUGGAUGCGUGCCGUGAUGACAUUGUUUCACUGUGGUCGGAUCCCGCUGUUCGUGAACAAUUGAAGAAGCAAGGUACUACUCUCGAGGAUUCAUCUGUUUUCUUCCUGGACAAUGCCUUUCGUGUUGCAGCAAGAGACUAUAUUCCUACGGCUGAUGAUAUCUUGCGCGCACGGUUAGAGACAAUCGGCGUUGAAGAACACCGUAUCGUUAUGGAAACCGCGGAUGCUGGAGAGGAGUGGAUUUUCUAUGACAUAGAGGGAUCUCGAGGGCAGCGAGUAGCAUCGUGGGUGCCUUACUUCGACGAUGUACAUGCCAUCAUAUUCCUUGUGUCCAUGGCCGACUUCGACCAGUCAUUACCUGACGAUCCACAGGUGAACCGCUUCGCGGAUUCUUUCACCCUUUGGAAGACGGUGUGCGAGAAUAAACUCAUUGCACAAACGCCUGUAAUGCUCCUUCUGAACAAGGCUGAUCUGCUUCAAGAGAAACUUUCGGCUGGGAUUUUCUUUGCUCAGUUUGUGAAAGAAUUUGGAGAUCAGCCUAAUGAUCUGAAAUCUGUCUCAAAAUACUUCAAAACCCUCUUCAUGGCCGCUCACGAUAUACACUCACCUAAGGAGAGAAGGCUUUUCGUGCAGACUACUUGUGCCAUCGAUACACAGGCCAUGUCUUUAGUUCUUAGAGAGGUAAAGGAAGUCAUCCUUGUGGCCAUGUUGAAAGGCAACAUGAUAUAAAGUUCGGAUCAUCUGCUUCACUUAUUAUCUCAUAUUUAACUCAUCUUACUGUGCUGUUAUAAUUGACAUCUCCUCGUCUCACGUACACGACAACUAAGUAUGUACUAUCCCCACAUUCUGGCUCCUGCCUUUGUAAUUGUACAUAGACGAAACCAUCUGUAUUCUCCCCACCGUGCAUCCCACCUCACGAACAACGCCUAUCAUCCGUAGACCUCGAGACCGGUCUCGACAACGAUUCUUCGCGCUACCGUCGGCCCCGAGACGAG